AUGACCACUACUACCGAGCGUGCGCGCCUUCAUGAAAUGGUCUCGUCCGCGCAACUCCUCGAUCGCAUGCCCCUCCAAAGCGCCCCCUCCGUCGUGUCGCGACCCUCGCAAUCUACGCGCAGACAUCAUCGCUCGGGGCGCUCGCAUCAUGGAGGUUCCAUGCAGUCCUCCUCAAACGAUUUCCCCAUCUUCACCUAUACCGGCGACACCGAGGUCGUGAUUCGCGCCGGCGCGCAGGAACGUCGCUAUCUUCUCCACCGUCUGAUUCUGGCACAAUGUUCGGGCUUCUUCGAGGCAAGCACUGCCGAGGUCUGGUCGGGUCAGACUGGCCUCGCGCAAGUCCCAGCAAAGGGAGAGGGCUCGCUAUCGCGCGUGAGCGAGGAUUCCUUGUCGAAUGGGUCGACCUUGGUCCAAGGGGAUCACAGUAAAGUCACGGCGCGCGGGGGAGACAAGCGGAGGUGGAGAUUUGAGCUUGAUUGGGAGACCCGUGGGGAGGACGAGGAGCCAAUUCUGGUUCAAAAGGAACCCUCCUACGCUCCAAUGUUUAGCGGCGAUCAACCCGCAUUUUCCCCGACAGCAACAAAACCGUCGAGCGCACAGGCAGGCUACUUCCGGUCUAUGGCGAACCUGGCCGGAAUGCAAUCGGUAGUGCAUCUACCACAGACAGCCAAUGGUGACCACAGCUCCGUGGAUCCAUUAAUACGCGACUACGACAACCUCUUCCGCUUGUUCUACAAUCACCCACCAGCGCUGAACAGUGUCAAUAUUGCCUCGGCUUACACAGAGUGCAAAUCUCUCCUAGCCUUGGCAGACAUGUACGACGCGCUCCCCGUCACUGGCCCGCGAGUCGACCACCAUUUACUAGGGUUCGGCUCCCGCUUAUUCAAGCAAAUUGCCAAAUACCCACCCAGCUACCUCAAGCUAGGAUAUCUGGCACGUAGCCGUGUCAUUUUCUCGGAGGCGUUGAUCCACGUCGUGGGACAAUGGCCGGCGGCCCUGCCAAACCUGCGCAACGGCUCCUACGCCCCAUUACCCAAUUCCGUUCUCGAUCUAAUAGAGGACAAAUACGAGGAUCUAGAGGACCUCAAAGCCCGUGUCGAAUCCAAGCUCUUCCGUCUUUCCCUCACGACCUCCCGCGGUGAACGCGUCGGGCCGUCAAACGCAUACCUAGACUGGCUCGCCGUCUCCCUCUUCCGCCAGUGGCUUAUCGAAAACACCACUCCCCCGCCAGCACCAAUUCUCAAGAACCCAUCUAAUGCCACCAGUACCGCUCCCCCACCGCCCGCCAUUGCAGGCUCUCAAACAACUUCCACCAAACCUACCGCGCCGCCUGACCCAACCGCCCGCGUAUACCGAUUGAUUGGAUCCCCAUCAUCACAGGCAUACCUCGCCCACGACGAAGUCAAACGCUUUCUCAAACUCCAUCCAACACCUUCCUCCGACGCGCUGUACACGCGCGACACCCUGAAACGCUUCGAGCGCAAGAUGGACGAGAUCAAGCGGCUGGCCCGCGAGAUCGUCAAGCCACUGAUGCGCAACUUCCUCGAGCUCGAGCUGAAGGGCAGCGCUGAGCAGGCCAGCAGCACCGCUGGCUCUCACGACAGCAGUCCAUCUUCUGGACUCCCAUAUUUAACCUGCACCCGCGUAGAAGAGGCUGAUCUACCUUGGGACAUUUGA